CUUGGCUUGCCUCCUCUUCUUUAAAGGAAAGUAGAAUUAGAAGGGUUCAGCGUUUUGGAGAGAGAGAGAGACGGAGGGAGGUAGGGAGCAAUGGAUCAAUCAUUCAGUGGAGGAGGGAGCUGGACAGUGAUCCCAAGCGUGCAGACACACAGUGGCUCGCCUGCACACUCAAAUCAAGACCAGUUUUACCUCUCUCCACAGCAGCAACAACCACAAUUUACUCAGUUUCAGCAGCAGCAGCAGUUUAAUCAACAGCAGCAGCAAUUUCAACAGCAGCAGCAAUAUCAGCAACAACGUUUUAUUCAACAACAGCAACAACCGCAAGUGCAGCAACAGAACCAUCACCACCAAUCAUUGGCUUCACACUUUCAUCUCUUACAUUUGGCGGAGAACUUAGCUGAUGCUAUUGAGAAUGGAACUCGGGAUCAGCAUUCUGAUGCUUUGGUCAAUGAAUUGAACACUCACUUUGACAAGUGUCAGCAGCUGUUGAAUUCCAUUUCAAGCUCAAUUAAUGCUAAAGCCAUGACAGUUGAGGGACAAAAGCGAAAGCUGGAGGAAAGUGAACAACUGCUAAAUCAAAGGAGGGAGCUAAUUGGCAAGUAUAGAAAUUCUGUUGAAGAGCUUCUCAAGUCUGAGCCAUGACUGCUUUUCCCUCUCAAGCACAGAGUAAGAAAAUUACUUUGGAACUCAAACCCGACAAGUGUUGUUAACAAUCAAGUGAAAGCAAAUUAUUAACCAAAAAUAGGAAGCCACCUGUUGUUUUGGGUGGAAGUGGAACUCUUAAUUGUUUUUUGGAUUUUGCUUGAGCUGUGGGACUGAUAUGAGUAAGCAAUGUUGCUGAUGAUGUCUUUUGAAAUUUACUUAUUAGUGUUUUUUUUAAUCAA